CUUUUCUUCUUCGCCUCGCACAUCCCAGAACAUGUCCCCAUCCAGCGGGACGCCGACGAGUGGAGUAGUUGGGGUGGUCGCGGCGAUCCCGUCCUACAAAUUGAACUGGGCAAGUGGGCUGAUCUGAUGCUGGUGGCACCGCAGGACGCGAACACACUAGCCAAAAUGGUAUACGGUUCGUGUGACAAUCUGCAACUUUGUACGGCGAGGGCAUUUGACUUUGAAAACCCGUUGUUUUUGCCACGAACAACCGUCGUGCAUCAUCCGUGCACGGGACCGCAGAUCGACACGCUCCGGUCGUGGGGCUUCAAGGAGAUUCCGUGUGUGACCACGACGUUGAUGUGCGGUGAUACGGGAUUGGGCGCGAUGGCUAAGGUUGAAUCGAUCGUGCAACAGGUGGCGGGAUGUUUGAGGAGAUGGAGGUUUAUCUCCCUGGUAUCGCUCCAAAGCCGCCGGCAAAUUCAUUUCAGCUAGGUUGUUUUGGCCUCAAUGGCAUUGCUGUUGGACA